AUGGAGGGGCCACUGCGCUCGUGGGAGGACCUCCCGCUGGAGCUCGCGGGGCUCGUGCUCGGCCGCCUGCCCUCCCACGUCGACCGCGUCCGCUUCGCCGCUGUGUGCCCCAAGUGGCGCUCCGCCGCGCGGCAGGUCCGUCUGCCCCCUCCUCUGCUGCUGCUCGCUCUCAAGAACGGCAGGACCUUCUACAUCAUGCCCUCGGGUGAGCCGCUCCGCUUCCCUGGCUGGCUGGCUGUGAGGAUGGCUUCCCCACGUUCUCGAGAGAAUACAGUGACUUCGCCACAGCUUCUGUCUAGCGUCACCUACAAGUCUGAUGUGCCAUCGGUGUCAGGAUAUCACUUUGAAGUGAUCAAACUAAUCGUGUGCUCAUCUGACCUCAUUGCUGCACUGUUCCGUGCUGGUAGUAGCAAUCGGAUCGCAGUGUACCGGCCAGGGGCGUGCUUGUGGUCAGUAGCAUGGGACCUAUCUUUGUGGAUUACUGACAUGGCAUUCUACCAGGGAAAGCUCUAUGCUCUUGAUUAUGGCGAGGACCUCUUAGCUUUGGACAUCAGUCUGGAUGGGCAGGUCAUCAAGGUUAACCAUUUUGAUGAUCUCUUCUUGAACAAAUUUAAUGAUCCCUUGAUCUUCAAGAGGAUGCUCUACCUGGUUGAAUCGGGUGGCUCAUUGCAGUUGGUAGGCAGAAGCAUUUUCCAUAGUCAUGUUAACGGCAAAGGACAGAUACACACUUUUGCUGGACUGAGUGAGCCUGAGGUUGCAGUAUUCGAGGCUUAA